GCGCCAGUUGCUGCGGUGCCCGAGAUCCCUGCAGCUGACGGAGUUCCCGGCAUCCCUGCAGUGCCUGCAGUUGCUGGCGUUGCAGCCCAGCCUGCUCAUAUCGAUGGCGCCACGUUGCAACGCGCUCACAAGAUCCCUACGGACUUGACUCACGUAUCGGCUAAGUGUUUGCCUCAUCUUUAUCCUUGCUGUUCAGUCUUGAAGUUGUAUUGUUUUAAUCCUUGGGAACAUCCAUCUUCUCAUCCCUUCGCUUUGUUUUCGAUAAUUCAGCUUCUUUCUCUUCUGAUUUUUAGGCUUUCACCAAG